UCAACCUCAAUUAAAUACCCGAACCGAUGCUGAUCCGCUUCUUCGAUGAUAAACCGGAGGAAGCCAGACGGAAUCUCGGCAUCGGUUAUAUAAGUCUGACUCGGGAGGCUCCGUUUACGAGCUUCUUCAAGUCUCGCUAAGGAAAUUCGCGUAAAGGAGAAGAAGGUAGAAGCAAUAUCUGUGGAGCUAUCUUCUGAGUCGAAUCGAGUCUGUGACUAAGACGCGUUGGUCUAUUGAAUCGAGCCUUGGAAGGAGAAGAGAAGAUGAGCAUUGUACCUAAGGAAACGAUUGAGGUUAUAGCACAGAGUAUUGGGAUUACCAAUUUGUCACCUGAGGCUGCACUGAUGCUUGCUCCUGAUGUUGAGUAUCGUGUUCGAGAGAUCAUGCAGGAAGCUAUCAAAUGCAUGCGUCACUCUAAGAGAACGACUUUAACAGCUUCCGAUGUUGAUGGUGCUCUCAACUUAAGGAACCUUGAGCCGAUAUAUGGGUUUGGCUCAGGAGGACCGAUUCGUUUUAGAAAAGCUAUUGGGCAUCGGGAUUUGUUCUACACUGAUGACAGAGAGGUGGAUUUCAAAGAUGUGAUUGAAGCUCCACUACCAAAAGCUCCUCUUGAUACUGAAAUUGUCUGUCACUGGCUUGCGAUUGAAGGAGUGCAGCCAGCUAUACCAGAAAACGCUCCUUUAGAAGUCAUUAGAGCACCUGCCGAAAAUCAAAUUUAUCAACAAAAGGACGGACCUCUUAUUGACAUUAGGCUACCUGUGAAGCAUGUAUUAUCUAAGGAGCUUCAGUUGUACUUCCAAAAGAUUGCUGAACUUACAUUGAGCAAGUCAAAUCCCUCUCUGUUUAAAGAGGCAUUAGUGAGCUUGGCCUCAGACUCAGGACUUCAUCCCCUAGUUCCAUACUUCACAAAUUUCAUUGCUGAUGAGGUAUCACGUGGGUUAAAUGACUUCCUGCUCCUGUUUAAUUUAAUGCACGUUGUCAGAAGUCUUCUGCAGAAUCCUCAUAUACACAUAGAACCUUAUCUUCACCAGCUGAUGCCCUCUGUUGUAACAUGCCUUGUAUCGAGAAAGCUUGGAAAUAGAUUUGCCGACAACCAUUGGGAUCUGAGAGAUUUUACUGCGAAUCUGGUUGCACUGAUAUGUAAAAGGUUUGGAAACACAUACAUUACUCUUCAGUCUCGUCUUACGAAAACUUUAGUUAAUGCACUUUUGGACCCAAAGAAGGCCUUGACUCAGCACUACGGUGCAAUUCAAGGAUUAGCGGCUUUAGGGCACAAUGUCGUACGCCUUCUUGUUCUGUCAAAUCUUGAACCGUAUCUGAGUCUUCUCGAACCAGAAUUGGAUGCUGAGAAGCAAAAGAACCAGAUGAAGAGCUACGAAGCUUGGCGUGUAUAUGGAGCUAUACUGCGUGCUGCAGGUCUGUGUAUACAUGACCGGCUUAAAAUCUUCCCAACUCUACCAUCUCCAUCACCAAGUUUUCCCAGUAAGGGAAAGGGGAAAGUAAUCAGUACUGAGCCAAAUAAGCGAAAGCUGGGUGUAGAUUCUUCAGAAAACCGGUCACCUCAUAAAAGAUUGAUAGCUACAGAUGGGUCAGAUGGUGGUCCAUCCCCAAUGCAAGUAGAUAGACCGACGGGAGAUGCCAAUCCGCCACAAAACUCCGUUCGACCAUCCUCGUCAGAACAAGCGUCUGAUGGUAACGCACCUGAAAGCAGAAACGCAAAGGAGAAAGAUGACAGCAAGGGCCGGGCUAUUACCAGGAAAGCUAUCCUUGAUCAGAUUUGGAAAGAUGACCUCGAUUCCGGACGGCUCUUGGUGAAACUGCACCAACUCUAUGGUGAUAGGAUCCUUCCUUUCAUCCCUUCUACAGAGAUGUCAUUAUUCCUCUAAACCAUUAAGAGCCAUUUGUUGAGAGCUUAUCAGAGUCGCCAUCCAUAAACUCAUACCGAUCCGUGCCAGUGUCCUGAGUGUAUCCACCUCCCCGAGCAUCUCGGGUUUAGGAGAAGAAGCCUACCUGUAGUGCUUUGACGGCUUCUUCCAAUGUAUAAACUGAACAAGUCUGAUGAACACUAGAUUCUUUGGUUUCAUAGCAAUUCCAUGUUCAAAAGUUUGAGACUUUGACGAUUGAGUUAAUGCAACGCUAAAAUGUUUGAAACA